AUGGCCUUCUCGGGUGCUCUUACGCUCACGGACCUGAAUGAUUACAUUACACCAUCGCAAGCUUGCAUCAAGCCCGUUGAGCAGAAGACACCUGCCCCAUCGAGUGUGCCAGGUGCUGCGGCUACCGAAAUCCGGAUCGAUGCUGGAGGCUCGUACUACGAAGUUUCUUCUGGAGAUGCGGGGCAACAGAAGCUUCAGCAGGCCGAGAUCAGCUUGAACGACUGUCUGGCGUGCAGCGGCUGUAUCACAUCGGCAGAGUCAGUCCUCAUCACGAUGCAGUCGCAUACGGAGGUCCUCAACUUUCUCGAGUCAAAUCCGCCCUCCGCCGAAGCUGGCCAUCGCACGCCUGUCAUGUCCAUCGCUCCGCAGAGUCUUGCCUCCUUGGCCGCAUCACUCGCGUCGUCUUCAUCCGCGAGUUCGACGGCUCCCCUGGCCGAAGUGCUGGCUCGAGUGUCCUUAUUCGUGAAGGAGCAUCUGGAAUUCGAGCAUGUCUACGACACCACAUUCGCUCGGCAUCUAUCUCUACUCGAGCACGUGCGCGAAUUCGACGAGCGACGCGCUGCAACCGCUGCAGGAUCAUCUACGCGAGCAUCGACAGCGAAGGCGGAGCCGAAGACGGAGAAGGCAUGCUGUGGGAAACAUGGCACCGACUCUUGCAAUAGUCAUGCGCAGAAGACCGGAGACGGCGAAGGCGAUGGUCGGCUGCCGAUGUUAGCCAGCGCAUGUCCGGGUUGGGUGUGCUACGCCGAGAAGACUCAUGGAGAAAUGCUGCCCUUCAUCAGCCGGACGAAGAGCCCGCAAGCGAUGAUGGGUACAUUGGUGAAGGGAUGGCUCGCACGGCAGUGGGGUAAACAGCCCCAAGACGUCUACCAUGUUACUGUGAUGCCCUGCUACGACAAGAAGCUUGAAGCCUCUCGACCAGACUUCUUCGAUGAGGAGUCCAAUACGCGCGACGUAGACUGUGUCCUCACGACCGGCGAGCUCGCGCUUCUCAUGCGUGAACGAGGCUUCGACUUGUCGGCUCCCGCGCCCACCUCUCCACCCUCCACCCCAACACCGGCAGAUAUCCCUGCUCUAGUAUCUCACCCCGGCACAUCGUCUGGCUCAUAUCUGCAUGCAUUGCUCUCACAUGUCAUACGCACCUCUUCGGUUCCUCUCACGCUCACGACUGGGUCCACGUCGGCGACGGCGAAGCAGGCACAGAACGCAGACAGCACCGAGUACACCCUCACGGACCCCGAAGGAAACGUAGUCUUCCGCGCUGCGACUUGCUACGGGUUCCGCAACCUGCAGAACAUUGUGCGCCGUGUCGCACGCGACGCAGGCAUUCGCGUAGUGCGAGGUCGCGCAGCCGGCGCACUCUCGCGUCGCGCUCAACCUGGCCGUGCAUAUGAUUACGUCGAAGUCAUGGCAUGUCCUGGCGGAUGUGUUAACGGUGGUGGGCAGUUGCCGCGGCCAGAGGCUGUGCAGACCACUGUCACAGAUGGUGCCACGGAGGCCAACGAUGGUGAUGGAGGCAUGGGCAAUCGUUGGGCCGACCGAGCGUGGACGAAGGAGGUGGAGCGCGCAUACUGGGACGGACGCGAGCCUGCACCUGGAGCACGUUUUGGAUUGCUCACCCCGCCCGCGUCGCCUCGCGGCACGUCUGCGAACAUCGUGGACGAUAGCGCUACAGCACCACGCUGUACAGACUGCGACUGCGAUCGUGUGGAUCAGGGAGGGGAGUGUGCCAUGGAUGCAACAGCUCUGGCGCAUUCCCGCGCGGACGGACUAGCGGCGCGCAUUCUCGGAGAACUGUGCGGGACAGAUGUCGCGCGCUGGGGGGAUCGGAUGGAUGGCGAGGCUGAGGAGCGCAGGCGGAAGCUCUUCAGGACGUCGUAUCGGGCGGUAGAGAGCGAGGUUAUCGGGCUCGGUGUUAAGUGGUAG